AUGACAAUCUUGACAGGAUUUGACCGAAGUCAAGACAGUGGACCGAUCCGGUGUCGUUUUAGAGAGGUGAAAACGAGCUUUUUCUCGGUAAUUCGCUCAGUCGGUAGGUCGGUCGAUUUGGGUACUCGAGUGGAUAAUGGGGAUUGGGAUAAGCAAGGAUGGAUAGUACUAUUAGUGGUUGGGGAUAAUGGGCGUGGAGUGAAGUGGAGAAUAGAUCAUUUCGGUAUCGGUGAUCCAAAGGAAGAGGAGGUGGACGCUUAUGGCUGUAUGAUUCCAGGGCUGGUUCAACAACGGGAAGGCAAACACUCAGUAGACUCGACGAGGAUGUUCCAGAUAGAUGUGCAUUGA